AUGUCUCGCCCGUUCUACGUCGUCGGCACAACCCUGCUCGGAUUCGCUCUCGUUCUGAGCUUUCUCGGAUCCAUUUCCUUGCCCUAUCUCUCGAACUUCGACUACACUCGUGUCUCCUUCGGUGGCUCGACCCUGCAGUCCGGCAGUCGGGUUUUGCGGCAAAUUCGGUGGGGCAUCUGGGGGCCUUGUCUGUACGAUGGAAAUAAGCAUGAAAUGUGCUUCCAUACAGGCUACGCUUACUCUCUGCCUAUUAUCGCGCCGGGCGGACAAAUCGCCAUCGUGGACAAAUCAUUUACGCGUGGUUUGGCCGUCCAUCCCGUGGCUGCUGGGACUGUUGCGAUAGCAUUCGCUUGUGCUCUGUCCGCGACCAGGACGGAACACGGGAUAUUCUAUGCCGCGGCCAUGUCGCUGUUGUCAGCAAUACUCCUCAUCAUCGCGUUCGCCAUCGAUAUAGCCCUCUUUGUGGAUGUCCAUUCACAGAUCGGCACGCUCCACGACAUCCGACCGACCGUCAAUGCAGGGACAGCCUUUUGGACGACUCUCACAUCGUUUCUGCUCGUUAUCGUUGCUGCUUUUAGUCUAUUCAUUGCCCGCAGACAGGAGCUCAGAAGCGACUCAUAUCCGAUGCUCGAGUCCAACUCUGGUGGAUGUCUCCCGGGCAUCCGUCGUAGUUGAGUGUGAUGAACAGAGUGAAAGUGCCGUUCAGGCCAGUAGCUUGCCUCGAAUUCGAGAUUUUCACGGCUGGCCAUCAUCAUCUGAUGCGCGCCCUGGUCCGGCCAGGGUGUUUCUAAAGGUAAAUAAAUAUGUGUCAGCGUAGUAGGAUCGAAAAAGUAUCGUGCGGGCGGCGGAGGUGCUGCGAUGUAGCCACUCUGGGCCGCGGCUACAUGGCCUUCGAGCCGCUCAAUCGUACCCAGAGCUGGAGGAGAUGACGCGGAAUCAAGUGAGUACCCAAGCAGUUUCAGCUCUCGUACGAUCCUGGAAGAAGAAAACUCAGAAAGAAGGAAAGAAUCAUGAAAUCAACUCACGUCGCAUAAUCCUCGGCUUGUUCCGAAGACACCGAGCUGCUCGCAUCGGC